AUGUUUUAUCAACAGCAACCAUUCGCAUACUCACCAUAUGGUGGUUUUGGUGUUCAAUCGCACACGUAUCCAUAUCACCAUCCUCAUCAUGCUUCUCAUUUUAUGGUCAAUCAAUAUCAUGGAAAUCCUUACAUUCACAAUGCAUAUGGUGGAGGCUAUGGUGCACAUCCAUUUCAUUAUAGUUCACCUGUUCACGUUCAUCAUUACGCCAUCUAA